GGUAAGCUGAAGAAACUUCCACAGCGCAAAAACAACACUGCUCAGCCACUUCCAGUCAAAAACAAGCCUGUGAAGAAGAAGAGCAGCAGUGAGUCUUCUUCUUCUGAUGAUGAUUCAGAACAUGAAAAACUAGCCCCAAAGCCCAAGCGUGGAGAGUACUCUGCUGUGCCACCCCCUUUAGCCAUAGAAGCAACGAAAGGCAAAGCACACCCCACUAAAAAGACCUCUAAGAAGAAGGGAGAAAAUAGUAAGAAAAAAGAGCAAGCAAAGAAACCGUCAACUGAAGGGGCUACGAUUAAAAAAGCAUCUGCUCCCAAAUCUCUUCCUACUUAUAUCCAAAAAGGACAUAAUUCUUCAGAGAGCGAUUCAGAUUCUAGCUCUGAAGAAGAAGAAGAAAAGAAAGUUUUGGUCAAAUGCUCUGCCAAAGCCAUUUCAGCAAAUGGUCCUGCUAAAUCGGUUCCAUCCAAGAAGGCGAGCAGCUCCUCUGAUUCCUCAGAUUCUAGCUCUGAAGAAGAAGAAGAAAAGAAAGUUUUGGUCAAAUGCUCUGCCAAAGCCAUUUCAGCAAACGGUCCUGCUAAAUCGGUUCCAUCCAAGAAAGCAAGCAGCUCCUCUGAUUCCUCAGAUUCUGAUAGUUCUGACAGUGUUCCUGAGAAAUGCGCAGUUAAGACAGGCAUAAAGAAAGUGAAAAAACCUCCCGCAGUGCCGGCAAAGAAAGUAGAAAGUAUCGUCAAAGAUAAGACUGUUCAUAAAAGAAAAGGCACAAAGGCUGUCAAAACAGCGCCCAAAUCCAGCACCCCUGUCUCUAAACCAAAGAGUUCUGAGUCAAGCAGCUCCAGCAGUGAAGAAGAGACUCAGCCAACCAAGAAAGCAGCUAGCAAACUCUCAGGGGCUGGCAAUUUGGUCAUCAGCAAGCAAGCCCCAGCUGAGAGCAGAACCUCUUCCGAGAGUUCCACCGAUGAACAAUUUAAAAUAUCUGAACAAAGAGAAAGAAAGAAAGAACAAAAUAAUUGCAAAGCAGCAAAAAAAGCGCUAAAACCCUCAGCCAACUUGGUGGGCAAAACAUCUGCAUCAAAGACUUCAACAUCUGAAGUGCCGAAUACGGCAAACAACGGUAAUUCUGAUGAAGAGGCCACAAAAGAAGCAGGCUUAUCCAAAAAAAAGCGGAAAAGGAAAAAUGAACAAGAGUUGGAGACACUGGACAUCAAGAAGAUGAAACCCAGAGAUCCUCAUACAUUCCCAAAAUCAAAGCAGCAAUCCAGUCCUUUUCGCAGAAUAAGAACAGAAGAAAUAGAAAUAGACAUGCGAGUAGCAAACAAUUCCUUCGAUGCCAAGAAAGGAGCUAUGGGUGACUGGGGUGAAAAAGCAAAUGAUGUUCUGAGAUUUACAAAAGGUAAAUCCUUCCGACAUGAGAAGACAAAGAAGAAAAGGGGAAGUUAUUGUGGUGGCACUAUCUCUACACAGAUAAACUCCAUCAAAUUUGAAAGUGAUUAAACUUUGGAAGGGGAUUCCAAUUAAAC